AUGGAAGAAAACAAGAAAAUCGUAUCGAAACUUCCACCAAUGGAAGAGCGAUUGAUCAAGAUCUGUAAACUUAUUGGUGAAAUGGAUAUGAGUCCAAAAACGUUCAUUCAGAACUUCCUCACCAGCACCGACAUAGUUAUCAAGGAGCGACGAGGGAAGUGGGGAACUAAAAAAGGCUGGAAUGGGACAAAGCUUCUGAUGACAACAAUAGGAGAGCUUGUUAAGAGCGAUGAAGAGGAUGGACUCACAAGAUGGUCAAAAGAGUUCAUUUUAGAAGAGAUGCGUGAUAACCAAAGUACUGCUAGGACAGAAAAAAAGGAAAACCAAGAACAUCAAGAAGUUGAGCAUCUUGAAGGCAACAUUGAUGGUGAUGAACUCCUGAGAAGAUCUCCUAAUGCGCUGCCAAGAAUUGAGGAAUAUUGA